AUGGCUCCACUCAAUAAGACUUCAUUGGAAGCUAUCGAGCGACUCCGAAACUAUGUUCCUCCACCAACUGCAUACGGGGAUCUACCGCUUUCUAGACGAGCGGCAGUUUUGUUGCUGCUUUAUGCCGACUCGAAAGGGGAUCUGAGGAUUGUUAUUACGAUUCGGGCAAAGACAUUGAGUUCGUUUGCGGGUGAUGCGGCUUUGCCUGGUGGCCGAGCAGACGCAUUAUCAGAGACGCCGUUCCAGACGGCACGUCGCGAAGCAUGGGAAGAGAUCGGACUCCCCGGCAUCGAUCAAUUACUCCCUCGUCCAUUCACAGUCGAGCAUCUCUGCGAGUUACCGGCAAGUCUUGCCAGGACCGAGCUAGUGGUAAGACCCUGCGUGGCUUUGCUGCAUGCAUUUAAUCCGGAGACUGGCGAGAAUGCGGAUCCCGAAGUUUCGCUCAUUCCGAAGCUGGAUGCGAGGGAAGUGGCUGCCGUAUUUACGGCGCCGUUCCAUAAUUUCUUGUCUAUGAGAGACGAGGAGAAGAAUCUGGAACCAGAAUCAGGUUCGACUUCAAGGUCGGCUACGACAGAUCACAAUCAUAGCCAUGAGUCGGAGUGGUAUCGUGUGCAUCAAUUUUUUGUCCGCGCCAAUAACCGGGUCGUGAAGCCUUCGCCCCGUGGCAAGCCAGAACAACAAGAAGCGGUGGAUCAACUUGUGGCGCAAGAAGAGACCGGACAGGUCCAACGGUAUCGGGUGUUCGGGAUGACAGCGCGAAUCAUUGUCGACGCCGCAAGAUUAGCAUAUCAAGAGGAACCAGAGUUCGAGCAUAAUAGCCAUUUUGGGGACGAGAGAUUGAUCGCCAAUCUACGGCGUCUAGGCCGACUGAGUGAGAAUCGACGAACCUCAGAUCAAUUAACUAGGGAGACGAUGGAGAAGGCAUCCAAACUUAGUUAG